GCAAGCAGCAAAAGAACAGAGCAGUAAGUUCAGUAAGAGAUGGAAAUGGAAUACUCCUACAGUUGCAGUUUCAUGCUUGUAUGCUCAGUUCUUGUGCUGUGUGCUAGUACUCGGUGUGUGAGAUGCCAGCUAUCUGACGAUUUCUAUGACUACACAUGUCCUCAUGUGUACAACAUUGUGCAGCACCAUGUUUAUUCUGCCAUGAGAACUGAGAUGAGGAUGGGUGCCUCCCUCCUCAGGCUCCAUUUCCAUGACUGCUUUGUCAAUGGUUGUGAUGGUUCCAUCCUUCUGGAUGGUGAUGACGGCGAGAAAUUUGCGAUUCCCAACAAGAACUCUGUCAGAGGGUACGAAGUCAUUGACGCGAUAAAGGAAGAUCUCGAGAACAUCUGCCCUGAAGUGGUUUCCUGCGCCGACAUUGUAGCUCUUGCAGCUGGCUAUGGAGUACUAUUUAGUGGAGGUCCUUACUACGACGUUCUUCUGGGUAGGAGGGAUGGCCUCCUAGCAAAUCAGUCAGGAGCCAACAAUGGUCUACCUUCGCCGUUCGAAAACAUCACUUCCAUCAUAGGAAAGUUCGGCGAUGUCGGCCUUGACACAACUGAUGUUGUUGUCCUAUCAGGAGCUCACACGAUUGGACGAGCACGGUGCAAGCUGUUCAGCAACCGAUUGUCAACCACUUCAAGCUCAGCCGACCCGACGCUGGACGCCACCAUGGCUGCCAACCUCCAGAGCCUCUGCAACGGCGGCGAUGGCAACCAGACGACGGCGCUGGACAUCACCUCCGCCGACGUGUUCGACAACCGCUACUACCAGAACCUCCUCAACCAGAGGGGCCUUCUGUCCUCCGACCAGGGCCUCUUCUCCAGCGUCGACGGCGUCGCCAACACCAAGGACCUGGUGCAGACUUACAGCGCCAAUGGCCAUAGAUUCUUCUGGGAUUUUGCAAGAUCCAUGGUGAAGAUGGGCAACAUCAGCCCACUGACCGGCGACGACGGACAGAUUCGCAAGAACUGCAGGGCUGUCAACUGAGCUUCAGGCUUGAAAAGAUCAUACCUUUGUUGUACUUUUCAGAAGGCGAUGCGAUUGAGAUGUUAAGAGUGUCAUAUAUGUGUGUGAAUUGUGAUGUUACAUGCUUGAACAAGCACAAGUAAUAACAAUCGAUCUAGCUUGAUUUCAUCCAUUGGAAAGACAGAAUGAGUCCAAUUAAAUUGAGUGGGUCAUAUUAUCACAUCAUUCUGCAGUGUGA